UAAUCGCCCCUCAGCUUCUCCUCGCCCUCUUAAUCGCCCCUCAGCUUCUCCUCGCCCUCCUAAUCGCCCCUCAGCGUCUCCUCACUCCUCCAUUACAGCUCAGCUUCUCCUCACUCCUCCAUUACAGCUCAGCUUCUCCUCACUCCUCCAUUACAGCUCAGCUUCUACUCCCAUUUUAAAAUUCUAGCUCACAAAUUAAUCUGCGAACAUCGAAAUUAACAUAGCCGAGCUCCGCCCUCACUAUCCGCCACACACAUAGACACUCCAGCCCUAGAACGGAAGAAGCCCAGAAGACGCUCUAUCCUUCUCCUAGUCUCUCUGGCGUUUGGCGGCUAGGAAAGCUGAAGGGCGGCUCGAGCUUGCCAACCAACAUGGCGGACAAGGAGAGUGGGAUAUCCAAGGAGGAGGAGAAGUCCUUCAAGUUGCUAUGGAAUAUGGAUGUGCAGAAGAUACCUUGUGCACGUGAAUCUGUGCUCUUCGGAUCUGUUGGCUCUUUGGUUAUUGGUGUUGGUCAUUUUUUAGCAACAAGCAGAAUUAAACGUUCUUGUGACUUGGCCGCCUGCGGAUUCAUCUUUAGUACCUUGGGCAGUUGGAUAUACUGUAGAUACAACUAUGCAAAACUGAGGAUUCAGCAAAGAAUUGUACAAGAUGGUAUUAAAAAGAAGGUGAUGUAUGAAGGCAGCAGUAUUGAUCCGACAGCAAACAGCGUCAAGUGACUCCUAGUCCUAUCAUAUCCACGGAGAACUCUAAUUUCUUUACAAACAUCAAGGCUUCAUCUGCUCAGAUACAUACACCAACAAGGCUGACUGCAGGGAAUGACAAGAAGCAGCCUAAUAAUGCUCUUUAUUGUAUCCGUUCAAUGCUAGCUUUACUUGAUUUGACAGCUAGCAACUUGAGACUUUAUUAUUUCUGUAUUAAAAUGCACACAUUUCAAUACAUUUGUGGAAUAUGUCAAACAUGGUUUAUUUACAUGUUUCCAUCUUAUCCUGUUCUACAUUUAUGUGUCUCUGCUCCGAAACGACUGUCUUCAAUUGAAAAUGUUUUCUUAAGUUGUGUGUAUAGAUACAUAUUUGUAAAGUUUGCUUCAUGUCAGAUACAAAAACUUUUUAUGCUAUACAUUUUGGCAAAACAUUAACCUUAAUAGACUUCAUAAGAAAAUGUUAUUUACUUUUUAUAGAAAUCAUGGCUUUGUCCAAGCUGAAGCACAGGCACAGACAAAAUCCAGUAAGUGAGGGUGAUCUACUACUUCUCUGUGCCCUCUCCUGUCUGAUAGCACUCCUCUGUGCCCUCUCCUGUCUGAUGAGAGAGCACAGAGUAGUGCUAGCCCACCCUCACUUACUGGACUUUUUUCAUGCCUGUGCUUCUUCAGCUUGGACAAAGCCAUGAUUUCUAUAAAAAAGGAAAUAAACUUUUAUGACUACAUAAGAUUUUUAUUUAUUUUUUGCCAAGAAGUACAUUUUAAAAGCUUAAUUUGGCUAGACACCAAAGGCUCCUAGAUAGAUAUAUUUUUAAGUUGCCAAAUUUAGAGUAUCUGUCAUAACCCACAAAAAAAGUUGUUACUCAGUAUUUACUCCUGAUCAUGUACAUAUUUUUGUGUGUUUAGCACCUAUACUCUCACAAAUACCUUCUCUAUUGCGCUUUUGGUUUUUCAUUCCGUGCUGUGGCGGGAAUGUGUCCUCUUUCUCCUUGAGUCUCUUCAUCCAAUCACUGCAGACUGCUCUCUAAUAUCCUUUUCUGUUGUCAUGCUGGAGUCUUGUAGGACAGGAGGGAGCAGAGGAGUGCUAGUCCUACCCUCAUUGUUCCAACCUGUGCUUCAGCUUGGACUAAGAUGAAGCUGCAGCUGGACAGAAUUAUGUUCUGGAUAGUAUGGGGACCACUAAUGGUGGCAUAUAUAUAUAAUUUAUUAUAUAUAUAGUGUAUAUUGGAAAAGUUUAUGGGGGAGAUUUAUCACCGAGGAAGAGCACACGCUCUCGAAACAUGUCUGACUGUCGAUCUUACCGUAUGAUGUUUCUUCAAUAAAGCUGCUUGCAACG